AUGUCUCGCGAGAUAUUCAAGAUUGUAUCUAUCCCUAGAGCAGCAGGCCUGGGUGGUUCUUACGGGACCGAAGAGGCGUGACGAGGCGUGGGCGGUGCCCAAGGCUGAUGACUUAACGGCGUCCAAUGACGUGAAUUGCCGCGUUCGGCUCUAGUCUGUGCAGGAAUUCUUUGAUUUUAAUUGAGAAGAUGCAGCCACAGUCCCAGCCUAUAUCUAUGGGAUUCCCCAGGGUGAUCACGCACACUGACUGGUCUGAGCCAUGGUUACUGGGACUUUUAGUCUUUCACAUACUUUGUCUGUUGCUCACUUACCUUACUUUCCAACGAUAUCGACUUCAGAUUGGGCAUUUCAUGUGUUUGGUAAUUUUAGUCUAUUCUGCUGAAUAUAUUAAUGAACUGGCUGCUAUGAAUUGGAGGUUAUUUUCUAAAUACCAAUAUUUUGAUUCAAGAGGAAUGUUUAUUUCCAUGGUUUUUUCAGCUCCAUUGCUGUUAAAUGCUAUGAUCAUUGUGAUUACAUGGGUGCAUAAAACUAUGACUGUAAUGACCGAGUUGAAAAUCUUGCAACAGAAAAGAAAAGCAGAAAGAGAAAAAAGGAAGAAAACAGAAUAAUGUAGAGGAACUUUUACAUUGAAUUUUCUAAUACCUAUCUUUGCUUCCAAUAUUUGAAUAUCAUGAAGUAGAAUAUAUUGCAAUGGUAUCUUUAGUAGGCUCAUGGUUUGAAGCAGUCAUACAUUCUUUUGUUUUUACUGUGAUAGAGGAAAAUAUUCAAUUCAUUUAUUUAACAUAAGUUCUAAUUUAAUUAUAAAUGAAACUAUAUUUCCUUCAACUCCAAAGUUUUUAUGCUGAUUUAUCAUUAUCAUUACGGUCUAAAGAUAGCCUGAAUGACAUACCAAGCUCUGUGAUUUAAACAUAUUAGUGUUCCCUUUGUACUGUAUCUAUAUUUGUUAUUUUAGAAAUUUGUUCUGAUUUUUAAGUUAUACACUAAUCAUUUAUGGCAGUAGUGUUGCUUAGCCAUUUGUAAGAAUCCCUGCUGGCCACCAACUGACUCAGAAAACCACGUAUUAAUUUUAUCUGUGUUCUAUUGUAUUUUUUACUUAUUUUGUUAAAUAUGUUUCAAUUAUAUUUUAAUCUGGUUCUAGUACACUCAGCAGUGUUAUGGGUUAGCUACAUCUUUGAGACCUCUUAUUUAUAUGAUAAAACAUCCAAAGAAUUGCAUCUCUUUAUGUCCACCAUUAAAUGAUGAUUUUUGACAAAAUUAAUGGAAUCUUGUUUGACACAGCUUUGAUGAAAAUUCAAGUAUCUUUUUCCAAAACAAACUUAAAUAUCUUCAGAAAAUAAUCGUAGUUUAAUGGAAUAUUCUUUAAAUUACAGUCCCAUAUCUUUUUCCCUCAUAAAUAGUUUCUGUAUAGAUUAUAUGGACCGUUGUGACCAAAUAAAACCUAUGAGAUAAAAUGAAUUGUCAUGAAAAUUUUAAAAUGAUGUUUAAAAAUAUAUAUGCUUGUGUAAGAUUUAAAUUAAUAUCCAAUAACUCAAAUUAUUAUAUUUUAUAAGAUUUAUUAAUAAUCACCUGAAGUAAAACAAAUAAAAGGACAAAAUUAAAAGCCUGAGUAAAGAAAAGUUUUCCCAGCCACAUUCACAGGGGAAAAAAAGGGGGAGACUGAGUCACACAUAUUUUAUCUACAAAACAUAAAGAUGUAAAGGGAGAAGGAAAGUGGGAUGCUGGGAUAUAGAAGGAAAGUGGGAUUCUGGGGAGCAGUUUCUGAUUAUACACUUGAAAAUUAUUCAAUAAUUAUUUUUAAAAAUAAUGAAGUAGUUAAUAUAUUGUUUCACAAAAGUCUUAGUGAAGUUUUAAGCAUUAAUGUGCUAAAAGAAUUUUGGGACACAUUUUACAAGUGAGCAUACAUCAGAAGAUUCUAAGAAAAGGAUUAUGAUAAAACAAAUCUCGGUUUUAUAGAACCUUUAUAUUUUUAGAUAAUGUUAAAAAAUUAUCCAUCUACAAUGAGAUAGUUAAUCUAUUUUCUUUAUAAUGUGUAUAUAAUAUGUGUAUUAUAAUGUGUGUAAAUUUGACUACUUAGAAAUAAUACCACUAAUUUUAUUUUUAAAGAAGACAGUAUAGUGUGAUACACCCUGGUUUGUAGUUGCACGCAAAGUAACAUCCAAGUUCCAUCUCAGUCUAGAAUUAUAUAGUUUAUGUAAAGAAUGAUGAAUGAUUGUUUCAGGGAAAAAGUAUACACAUAUUUCAGAAGGCAAAUGGAUAGAGCUAUAUUAAUAACUUCAAUGGUAAUAAUCACUAAUAUUUCUAUAAUACCAUGUUAAAAACACUACAUAUUUAUUUCAUUUGCUUCUCUCAAAAACCUUGGGAGGUAGGUGCUAUUAUAUUGUUAUUAUUGUUAUUAUUAUUAUUGCCAUUUUAUGGGUGAGGAAACUGAAGCAAACAGAGGUUAAAUGACUUGCCCAGGGUUUUAUAGUUAGUACAUGUCUGAAGUUGGAUUUCAAUUCAGAUCUUCCUGACUCCAAGUUUGAUGCUCUAUCUCUUAUGCCACCUACCUGCCUUUUCUUUUCUUUUUAAAAAAAGAUUUUUCCUAAAUGUUUUAAAUAAAAGAAUAGAUAUUCACGUUUUCUAGAGUAAAAAUAAAAGUCUUAAUAUUCCAUAAAUUACAAAGAUGGGUGACUAAAUUGUAGAAAUUAUGCAUAAAAAUUUGGAGUGCAAAAUAAUCUCAGAUUUGGGAACUGAAUCUUUUGUUGUUAAAAAUAUUUAUCUUUUGUGGAUAAUUACAUACUUAUUAGCCAGGAGGUUUUGUUGGAUGUUGGUUUGCCACUUUACAAAGUGACUUAAAUUAAUCUUAAAAAUAAACAAGGCACUUUUAACCUGAAAAUGUUUUAUCACCUCUAAUACUUAGUAUAGUAACUUUUCUUCUUAGGCAUAUGUUGGCACUUAAUAUAAAAUAGUAUAAAGAAAUAAAAUAUCAUUAUCGUUAUUGUGGUUUAAUUUUUAAAUGAACAUAAAUCACGUCUAAUUUGUUUGAGGUUCAGAAUAUAUGGUAUCGUGGUAAUUUGCAUAGUUGCCAUGAGGCUUGAAUAUUAACUGGAUAAAUGACCAUAGCAUUUUGAAUUCUUCAAAAAUUACUAAUUUGGGAUGCUAAAUGGUACCAGGUAGGGAGGAGAGUUAAUAUACUCUACAGUUUAGUUUACUCAAUUUACACCAAAGAAAGAGACUAUCGUGUUUUACAUGCAACAUUUGGAAAGUAAAAACAAUUUGUAACUAUUGAUGUCAAACUCUAUUAUAUCAUUAUAAUAGAAAUAGGGGUAGCUGAUGGCAAAACCACACUGUAUUUGAACUUAAACGAUCUAAAUUAUACCACUGAAAGAAUGAUUUGUGGGUAAUUGAAGUCACUUUUAAAAAGAAUACAGUUGUGCUUAUUCCCUAUUAAAAAGAUGUAUGUAUUUGACUCCACUAAAAAAGAAAAAAGAAGUUAAAAAACAAUUUUUCACUAAAAAUUCUACCUCAUAUUUUAUCUGAAUUUUUAUCUUAAUCCAGAACUCUCUUAGCUAUAAUUUAAACCCUUAUUUUUAAUGUAACAGAAAUAUCAUGACAAAUAUUAAGAACUCAAACUCUUGGGGAGUGUCUUCAUUAUUAUUUUCAUAUCACAUUUAAAUCAUCAGGUCUGUCAUUAGGACCUUAAAAGAAUUUUUCAAAAGAAACAAACAACUAUAUAGAUGAUUUGAUCUUGUUUCCAAAGCUUUUUAAUAUUUUUAUAUUCAACUACUUAUUAUAAAUCUUAGUUGUGAUUAUUGGUAGGAAGAAUUCUACAAACCUUAGUACCUGACACUGAAUGCAGAAUCUAAAUCUGAAUCUAAAGAUCAGAUCGUACAGAAUCUGCAUUGGUGGCCCUGCUUCUAGACCCUAAUGUUCCUCUAUAAAGUACAAAUUCUUUAUCCUGACAUUUAAAGCCAUUCACUGUCUGACUUCAGUCACAUUAUUUCCCUUCAUUAAAUGUUUGUUGCAAGAAAGCUGUUCUUGAAUGCAACUUUCUAUCUCUCCUUCCUUUAUGUCCUUCACUGAACCCAUUUCUCUCCCCCUUAUGCUUAGAAUUAUUUCUCUCCUACCCACCAUCUACCCCUGAGAAUCUUUAGCCUCAUUUAAGCCUUAUCCUAUGUGCCAACUCCUAAAAAAAUACUUUCCUCUUCAUCUUAGCUGUUUGUGACCUAUGCUUCAAAUUGUUUGUGUGUAUGCCUAUACACACAUUUAUACACACAGAUACACAUACAUAUACCUAUGUAUCUCUCUGUGUGUAUAUAUAUGUAAAUAUAUAUAUAUAUAUAUAUAUAUAUAUAUAUAUAUAUAUAUAUAUAUAUAUAUAUAUAAAGUUGUGUCCUCCAGAAUUUAAACUGCUUGAGGAAAGAAGCUAUUUUAAAAAUUAUUCUUAGUGCUUUGUAAAUAGAAGCCACUUAAACAGCCUUUUGAAUUGUGUUAAAAAAAAAAACUGUAUUCAUCAAGCUUUCUUAAAAAGAGACUGGCAAUAUUCAGAAAUAAUUCUCAAUUCAUUUAUUUUUAUUUCUGUAAAUAAGCAACCCUAUUUCAAAAUAUUUUAGAUAGGCAGUGUAAGGAGAGGAAGAUUUGUGCUAAAUCAGAUAUUUUUGUGACUUCCCAAAACAAUAUGUUACUAUGUAAAUACUAACAUACUCUCUUCUUGUACUCAGAUUUGAAUGCAACAAAAUAUAUUGACAAUAAAAUUUGAUAUGUUUUUCUAAAA